GGCGGACCCAUCGGCGACCGGGCCAAUGUUGUGCGGGACCAGGGCUGCGGCCGCGGGGCGGUUGUUGCUGCUGAGGAGCGGGUUCGGGUCCGGGUUCAGGCGCCACGGAUCCGGGAUGGCCGCCCGCGUGUGGUUGGAGCCCGGCUACAAGUGCCUGAGCGACGAGCCGGUGCGGGUGCGGGUGGGCGGUUUGUCGCCGCUACAACCGGUCACCAUGAGGGCCGGCCUGAGCGACGAGAAGGGCGAGACUUUCGGCUCGGCGGCUUUCUACCGGGCGGACGAACGGGGCGAGCUGGACCUGAACCGCUCGCCAUCCCUGGGCGGCCACUACACCGGCACCGAGCCCAUGGGGCUCUUCUGGUCGCUCACCCCCGUCAAACCUUUCAGUCGGCUGGUGAAGAGGGACGUGGCCGGAUCGCCGCUGCGGGUCCACAUCGAGGUGUUUGACGGGCACGACGGCGACCCCCAGGAGCGGCCCCUGGCCUCCUGUGUCAAUGAGCGGUGGUUCAUGAAGGAAGGGGUGACCAGGAUCCCGGUCAGAGAGGGCAGGGUCCGCGGGGUGCUCUUCGUCCCACCCGGCGAUGGUCCAUUUCCUGGAAUUAUUGAUAUGUAUGGGUCAGUCGGUGGAGUGGUUGAGCACAGAGCUAGUCUCUUAGCAAGUCGUGGAUUUCUGACAUUGGCUCUAGGAUAUUUUGGAUACGAUGACCUUCCAAAGGAUUUUCUUAACCUUGAUCUUGAAUAUUUUGAAGAAGCUGUGAACCUUCUGAGGCACCAUUCAAAGGUUAAAGGUCCAGGAGUUGGAGCAAUAGGAAUAUCAAAGGGAGGAGACCUAGUUCUUUCAAUGACCACGUUUAUUCCGCAUGUGAUAGCAGCGGUCAGCAUUGGUGGAUGCAAUGCAAAUACCUUGGGUAAAUUGCAUUACAAAAACAUCACUCUUUCAGGCGUGGGAAUUACUUUGGACCGAGCAAAAUUUUGUGAAUCAAAUCUAAUUGAUAUCUCUGAAGUGACAAAUAAUCCAAAGGAUGAAGAAAAUAAAGAUUGCAUCAUCCCAUUAGAAAAGGCUGAGGGUCAUUUUUUGUUCGUGGUUGGAGAGGAUGAUAAGAAUUGGAACACACCUCUCUUUGCGCAGCAAGCUGUUGAACGACUGAAAGAAAAUGGAAAAAAUAACUAUGAAAUUCUGACUUACCCAGAGUCUGGACACCUCCUGGAGCCUGCAUAUUUUCCAUUCUGUUAUGCCUCUUUUCAUCGGUUGGUAGGGCUACCUGUGAUAUGGGGAGGGCAAAUGAAACCACAUUCAAUAGCCCAAAUAGAUCUUUGGCCUAGGAUACAACAAUUUCUAAGAAAACAUCUGGAAAAACAAAGCAAAUUGUAAAAAUAUCUACUUCAGGCAUUAUUGUGUAAUGAAUUCCACCUGUCAUUUUGUGCACUAAGAAUAAUUGUAAAACUUCACCACAUUGAAAUUAGUAAUUUGUCCAUAAUGUGAUAUUUGCCUAUUAAUUGUAUUAAAAUGUUUUGCAUAAAUAUAUUUGUUUGCAUUUAAACCAAUAUUCAUUAUUGAGAAUAUAUGAAUUAUAGAGCAGAGGGUUGAGAUUGGCAACAGCCUGAAGCUAUUUGUCUUAAAAAAGCAAACAAGUGCAAAAUUAUAAACUGGGGAGCAAAAUCAGAACAUUUUAGCCAGGGACUUUAUAUUCCAAAUCCAUGGCCCAAUAAAACUUAGCAAAUCUGGCAUAUGAUUGUUUGGAAAAUAGAUGAUCUGGGCACCGUGUUCCCUCAUUACUCUGCAAUGUGAGCCACUGGUCUGGAGUACAAGUGAUGUAUGUGGACUGUGGCAGAAUCCAAGGUCUGAACUGUAUACAGUGCGGGGUUGGGGAGUGUUUGGUACUCCAGGAGUCAGGAAUGUGAGUCAGAUUGCAUCCGGAGCCAGGAUCCUGAGCACUUGCAUAUUUUCUCUUAAUUUAUAUAUUAGAUUCACAGGAGAAAAAAAUUAUUCUACUGUGUAACAUAAAAUAAGUUUUCUUGCAUGUGAAAUGGAAUAACAUCCAUUGGUCUGAAAAAUGUGCUAUACCAACACCACUGUGGCCCAAGGGUGCAUGAUUAUUGAAGCCUUAUUUUAUAUUAAGUGAAGGAAAAACAUUACAGAUUUCUCAUGUCAUGUUCUGCAAACACCCUUUUGACAGUGCUCAUUGUUAUGCAAGUUUUUUCAUAAAUUUGCCCAUAAUUCUGAUGAGGACUGCAGACUCAACAUAUUGAUUAAUGCUGUACACGGAUGCUGCCUGGCUUGUUGAAUUCCAGCAUUUCCUGGCGUAUUUUAGAUUCCAAGCAACCAAUGUUUUUUUAAUUUUGCUAUCUACAAUGCCCUACUUAUUACUAGCCACUGAUCUUUUCCUCAUAAAUACCUUCUGUACUGUCCGAUUUAUCACUACCCCAUUGUCGACAUUGGAUUUUAUCUAUGGAACUGUUGUGCUGCAAUGCCAAGAACUAUUUUCUGCACUCUAUCUUCCCCUUUGUUCUACCUAUUGUAGAUGAGUUUGAAUUGAUUGUCUUUCAGUAUUAUACAGUGACCUCCAUAAUGUUUGGGACAAAGACCCAUCAUUUAUUUAUUUUUCUCUGUACUCCACAAUUUAAAGACAUGCAACAACAUUCUAAACAUGACUACUUUCAUUUACAUGACAUUGAUGUGUCCCAAACAUUAUAGUGCCCUGAAAUGAGGGGACUAUGUAUAAACACUGCUGCUAUGGCCUGGGCAUGUAUGACUGCUGAAGGUACUGGCUCACUUAUCUUCAUUGAUGAUACAACUGCAGAUGGUAGUAGCAUAAUGAAUUCUGAAGUUCAUAGACACAUCCUAUCUUUUAGUUUAGUUUAGAGAUAGAGCGCAGAAACCGUCCCUUCAGCCCAGCAUGUCCAUGCCAACCAGCGACUCCCGCACAUUAACACUAUCCUACACCCACUAGGGUAAAUUUCUUACAUUUAACAAGCCAAUUAACCUACAAACCAGUACGUCUUUGACGUGUGGGAGGAAACCAAAGAUCUCAGAGAAAACCCACGCAGAGCACAGGGAGAAGGUACAAACUCCGUACAGACAGCACCUGUAGUCAGGGUCGAACCCAGGUCUCCGGCGCUCUACCACUACUCCACCGUGACAACCCAAGUUCUGCUCAAGUUCAAACAAAUGCCUCAAAAUUAAUUGGCCGGCAAUUCAUUCUACAGCAAGACAAUGAUCCCAAACAUACUGCUGAAGCAACAAAGGAGUUUUUCGAUGCUAAAAAAUGGUCAAUUCUUGAGUUGCCAAGUCAAUCACCCGAUCUGAACUCAAUUGAGCAUGCCUUUUAUAUGCUGAAGAGAAAACUGAAGGGGACUAGCCCCCAAAAUAAGCAUAAGCUAAAGAUGGCUGGCAGCGCAUCACCAGAGAAGACACCCAGCAACUGGUGAUGCCCAUGAAUCGCAGAUUUCAAGCAGUCAUUGCAUGCAACGGAUAUGCAACAAAAUUUCGAAACAUGAUGUUUCGGGCCGAAACCUUAAAGAAGGGUUUGUCUAUUUCCUUCGCUCCAUAGAUGCUGCCGCAUCCGCUGAGUUUCUCCAGCACUUUUGAGUACUUUCAUUUACGUGGCAUUGCUGUGUCCCAAUGAUUAUGUAGAAACACUGCUGUAAUUCCUACAUGGUGAAAUCAAAAUGUUUAAAAAUGGCUUUUAUUAAAAUCUGACAAUGUGCACUUUAACCACAUGUGAUUUCAGAGACAAAUAAAUAAAUUACGGUUCUUUGUCACAAACAUUA